AUGGCGCCAAGCAGCACCAACCGCGACCGCCGCCGCGUGGUCCUCCUACCGCUGCCCUACCAAGGCCACAUCAACCCCAUGCUUCGCCUCGCCGCCGCGCUGCACUCCCGUGGCCUCGCGGUCACCAUCCUCCACCCAGAGACCCGCGCGCCGGACCGCGGGAAGCUCCCGGCGGACUACCGCCUAGUCACCAUCCCGGACAACAUACCUCCGGAGGUCGCCGCGUCCAGGGACGUCGCGUCGUUCGUCUUCGCGCUGAAUAGGAACUGCGCAGCGGCGUUCCGGGACUACCUGGCCGGCGCCCUCAGGGAGGAGGAGGAAGGGGAGGACGGCCACGUCGCCUUCGUGGUCGCCGACGUGGACUGGUUUGUGCCGCUCUCCGUGGCUAGGGAGCUUGGCGUGGCCGCUCUGGCCCUCAUGACGAGCAGCGCCGUCAGGUUCCUGGUGUACUUGGCGUACCCAAGUCUAUGCCACAAGGGCUACUUGCCCGUUCAAGUGGAGGAGCUUCCCCCCUUCGUUGUGCAAGACUUGCAUCGUGUGAUGGACAAGACUCGACACCUCGCGUACACAGAUCUCCUCGCCCACAUCGUCGCCGGCGUACGGCAAUCCUCGGGCCUAAUAAUCAACACAUCCGAAGACAUCGAGGGCAUGGAGAUCGAGAGAAUCCGCAGCGAGAUUGCCCUCCCGGUGUUCUCCAUCGGCCCUCUGCACAUGAUGACGUCUUCAUCCGUCGAGAGCAGCCUACUGACAGAAGAUCGCAGCUGUUUGGACUGGUUGGACACACAACGGCCAAACUCUGUGGUCUACGUGAGCUUUGGGAGCCUGGUGGGCAUCGACACAGAUGAGUUCUUGGAGAUGGCCUGGGGCCUGGCUAACAGCCAGCGCCCGUUUGUGUGGGUGGUCCGGCCGAGGCUUGUGCACGAUUGCGAGUCCAGUGCGAUCCCUGGCGAGCUGCAGCAGAAGAUGGGCAACAGAGGUAGGAUAGUGAGCUGGGCUCCGCAGCAGGAGGUGCUGAGGCAUCCGUCUGUGGCCGCGUUCCUCACGCACUGCGGGUGGAACUCGACGACGGAGAGCAUAUCGGAAGGUGUGCCGAUGAUAUUCAGGCCAGCCUCUGGAAGCCGGCCGAACCUGCCUCCGGGCCCAUGGGCGCUGCCGGUGAUCGGCCACAUGCACUUCCUGCUGGGCGCCCUGCCGCACCAGGCCAUGCGCAGUCUCUCCCGGCGGCACGGCCCCGUGAUGCUCCUCCGCCUCGGCCACGUCCUGACGCUCGUGCUCUCCUCCGCGGAGGCGGCAAGGCAGGUGAUGAAGGUCCACGACGCCGCCAUCGCGAACCGGCCCGUGUACACCACCGCGGACGUCUUCACCAACGGCGGCCAGAACAUUUCAUUCGCGCGCCACGACAGCCGGCACUGGAAGGCCGUCCGGAAGCUGUGCACCGUGGAGCUGCUCAGCCCGAGGCGCGUCCGCUCGUUCCGCCCUGUCCGGGAGGAGGCGGAGAGGCUCGUGCGGUCCGUCGCUGAUGCCGGCGAGAGAGUGAAGGUCAUGAUUAACGACGUCAUCAUGAGGGUCUCCGUCGGCGACCGGUGCCAGCGGAGGGCGCUGUACCUCGAGGAGCUGGACAGGGCGAUCGACCGCAUGUCCGGGUUCAACUUGACCGAUCUGUUCCCGACAUCGCGGCUGGCGCGGGUGCUCGGCAGCCGGUCCCUUAGGGCGACGUUGGAGGUGCACGGGAGGAUCCAGUCCAUCAUGCAUGGACGCCAUGGUCCAUGA